ACCAACGUGCAAGUAACAGACGAAGUCAAAGAUUCUGGUGGAUCGUGUGCGGUAAUAUCCGCAGGGGGAUCUGCCACCAUGUUUUUCAAGGUGGCGCUUUUAUAUUGCCUCUUGGCAGUGUCACAGGGAGGACUGCUCCAACCAGCAACAAGUGUAUCUUCGAGGUCGCAAGAUGUGAGUAAUGCAGGAAACUACCAGUUCAGCUACCAAGUCAUUGACAGCAGCGGAGCAACGAAGUCGAGGUACGAAGUAGCUGAUGCCUUCAACAAUCGCAAAGGUGGCUACACACUGACCGACGUCGACGGCCGACAAAGGGUGGUUCAAUACGUUGCUGGCCCUGUCAGUGGGUUCCGAGCUGUUAUUCAGACCAACGAGCACGGAACCAAAACGAGUAGCGCAGCAGCCGCAUCUCUGUUGACCCAUGGCACAGUUUCUCAACCAGCAGUGCCAGUGUCCAGCUACGUCGUGCCACAAGCCACCUAUGCUUCCCCUGCUGUUGAGGUUCCUGCAUAUGCACCUGCUGUCACGUAUACCGCAGCAGCACCAACGCCAGUUAGCCUUGCUGCAUUUGGUCCAAGAGUUGCUUACACGGCGCCUGUUAAAGUUGCUACAGUCAACCCCACUGUAUCUUACACAGCAACUGCAGGUGUCGCGACACUUGGCCCUGCAGUAGUUCACAGCUCCCCAGGAGUUGUGAAGACUACUGUAGCACAAACACCUGUAGCAUACACUCACACACCAGUAGUGUAUCAGCAGCAGUUGCCGGUUUACCAAGCGACGCAGUUGUACCAAGUCUCACCGGCUUAUCCUUAUCGAGCUUCAACAACACUGUCUGGAACCAUUGCUUAUCCGACAUAUCCGACUGUCGGCUAUCAACCAGGCUACCCGACAUCUCACGGUGGAUUCGUAUUCUUUCCCCACCAGAGAAGUUCUGGUCUCGGUAUUGGGGGUCUACCGGCUUUGCCCCCACCCCCACCUGGAUACCCACCAUUGCCCCCAUUCCCCAGCCACCCUGGGAGCAUAUUCCACCCGAUAGGACAAUUCCCAAGACAACCGUUCCCAAGACCACCACAACAGCCAUUCCCUGGUUUCCCACGGCAGCCAUUCCCGAGCCCACCACAGCAGCAACCAUUCCCAGGCCCACCGCGGCAACCAUUCCCAGGCCCACCGCAGCAACCAUUCCCAAGCCCACCGCAGCAACCAUUCCCAAGCCCACCGCAGCAGCCACAGCCUCCACAACCACAACCGCAACCACAGCCGCAGCCGCAACCACAGCCGCGACCAACGCCACAGCCAAUUCCUCAGCCGAGACCACAACCACAGCCUAGACCACAGCCCAGGCCACAACCUCAGCCCAGGCCUCAGCCUCAACCAAUUCCACAGCCAGAUGAUGACGAUGAAAUCGCUGACCCACAGUCCGAUCCCCCGGUGCUUUCUGGUGACAACGCACCAGGGGCGUCCAACGUACGGAAGCGUUCUCUCGCCCCUGCAUCUGAAGCGCAACGUGCCCGCAAGGAAAGGAGGAGCGUUACCAGUGAAGGAUCCCCUUCAGAGAGCGCACUCAACCCCCCAAAUUUACCUGAACCCAAUCGAGUCUAAGCAGGUGACGUCAUAUUAAUCAGAUAAUUCACAUCCACCAGCAGGAGCUUUUCAAUAUUCCUAGUUGACAUCAUUUUGUACCGUUUAUUUUUGUGCACACCUGCAGCCAGACAUCAAUGAAGAGAGGACCUGCAUCUUGUUUGCACACUUUCUUCAACGUGGUGUUUUUCGAUUCGUUUCUUUUUUGCUGUCAUCGACUUUGCCGAUCCUCUUCCUAGCCUCCCUCCUCUGUUUCCGCACCAGUACGCUUUGGUGCAAUAUAGUUCUGUUGAACAUGAAAGUAGGCAAAAGAAAAACACAAUACAAAACACGAAUUACACUUGACAAUACUGAUAGCUUGAGUGACGAUUCAGUCUUCUGUCUUUCUUUUCCCUCAGUAUCAAGGAAGUAGUACCUUAUUCGGAUAGUUUUGUUUGCUUUUAUUGGAACCUCAUUUAAAUCCCGGCCUCCAUUUUUCCUGUGGAAAGUAGCGUUGACAAUAUUUCCAAACGUCCGCAGGGUACCGUUCUCGUUCAUCAGGAGCGCAGUGCCUUGAAAGCUUGCGUGUUUAUGCGAAACAGCAACCAAGCUAGUAUUUAUAUAUUGUGACAUUGUUUGAGGCGGACGUUUGUGUAAUAAAGCUG